CUUGGCGUAUGCACUUGAUUGCUGAGGUAUUUCUGCGUCUAGUGGGGCGGGCAGAGGGAGUUACUUUCGCUGGCUCCCUUUCCCACUAUAAUGAGAAUUUAGAUCACUGUGCAGACAAACAAAAUCUUUAAGGUGUGCUGGUAGUGCAGCACGCGGGAUUACCAACAGCACCCGAUAUUCUCCGUAACUACAGCCAUGCGAAUGGGAGUUUUAUGAGCUAUAGGAAUUUGUACUUCACCUGAAAACCCUCACAGCAUCAUUGCUUCGGCAUCUCAAGAAAUAUGCUGACCUGCCUUGUCGGUGCUUACGUCUGUCUGCAGCCUAAUCUCGGUGAGAUGAAAAUGUUGGAGUGAGGAGACUACAAGUGAGUUUGCUGACCAGCCUACUCUUCCUGUCUGCAAAGAUGCUCAAAGCACCGCUAACAGUCAUCUGUGUUGUCAUUCUCUUCACCUGUGGUAGCCUGGCAAAGCCCAACAGCCAGAAGAACAAGAAGCCAAAACAAGUGGUACCCUCUAUUGAGUGUGACGUACGCGCGGGCAAGAUCAGCCUCCCAGAAUUCAUUGCCAAAUGUCCAGCCAACUGUAAAGAGACCAAGCAGAGGGUCUACGGGACAGGAGUGUUUGCCUCCAUCUCCAGUAUUUGCAAUGCUGCCAUCCACAGUGGUAUCAUCACUAAUGCAGGAGGGAAGGUGAUCGUGAGGAAGAUGGCCGGACAGGCAUCCUACAAGGGCAGCCUUGCCCACGGCAUCCGCUCCCUGUCUCUUCCCAACUGGAGGGAGUCCUUCACUGUCGCAGUGGGUAAACCAAAGAAAGGUGUCAUCUAUCCCACCAGUCUGGACUUCAGCCCAUCAAGACCCUCAACAGUGAAAACUAGCCAGAAGGAAGCCAAAGCUCUGCCGGCCUCCUCGGCGUUGCCAGCGACAACAGUGCCCGAGCCAAUCACAACAGCCGCGGCGGAGCCAACGACCACAGCUGCUGCCGCGACCACGCCCCCGCCGACCACGCCCGUCACCACGCCGGCCACCACCAACCCGCCACCGACCACCAGCACCACGACCACCGCCGCAGCCAAACCACGCGCCGCCGUGCACAAAGUCCGCGACGCAGGCAGUGUCCACCCCUACUAUGCGUCUUUAGCCUCAGGAGCCAGUGCAAGACAGUCUCAGAGUUCUCAUGGAAGAGCCCAAGCAUUCAGAGGGAGCUCAGCCAUUGCGAAUAGGUUUUCACCUCGACCAAACACAGGUCUGAGAAGACCAGAAGCUGCUGGCUCAGCCGUAAGGAGACAACCAGCAUCCCCCUCUGGGACAGGUUUCAACAGGGUGCAGCUGGCUCAGCCUGAGAGGAACCAGCAAGCUGUCCAGACGAACCCCACUUUUGCUAGAAGGGAUUGGCCUCCCUACGGCUACCCGCGACCUGAUUGGUAUCCCGGAGCUAGGCGACCCACAGAUGUUAAUCACUCUCCAGAUAUGGGAUACACAUGGACUGAGGGGGACACGGCAGAGACUGCAGGCCGGGAUGCACGGCCUGAUAUCACAGACUAUGAACGCUGGUAUCAUAGCUUUGGACAGUACCCGCCUCGAGGCCCUGAGACAGACACUGCUCGUAAAUUGCUCCCAGAGAUGACACACACCAGAGUGGAGCCGCUGGAUGCCUGGAAACCCGAAGUAAACCCUUUCGACCCAGGCUUCAACGUGCGUGAGCAGGACUCCAUACCCAGAGCCCCUGAGCCCGUCGUCUCCCAGGGAGAUCCAAACUGUAAAGUGGACAUCGCCUUCCUUAUGGAUGGCAGCUGGAGUAUUGGGAAGAGGCGUUUUAAGAUCCAGAAGGACUUCCUGGUUGAGGUUUCUCAGGCGCUGGAUGUGGGAGUGGUCGGCCCCAUGAUGGGAAUCAUCCAGUAUGGAGACGACGCCGUGACGGAGUUCAACUUGAGGGCUUUCUCUAGCUCGCGGGAGCUCAAGCCUGCCAUAGACAAAAUCACACAGAAGGGAGGACUGUCCAAUGUGGGGAAGGCCCUUUCCUACAUCAACAAGCACUACUUCAGCGAUGCCAAUGGCAACCGUGGAGGAGCACCCAACGUGGCUGUGGUGCUGGUAGACGGCUGGCCUACUGACAAGGUGGAGGAGGCCUCCAGGCUAGCCAGAGAAUCUGGAAUCAACAUCUUCUUUGUCACCAUCGAGGGUCCAGAUGAGAAUGAGAAACAGAACGUGGUGGAGCCCAAUUUCGUGGAUAAGGCCGUCUGCCGGACCAAUGGCUUCUACUCCCUGCCAGUGUCCAGCUGGUUUGGUCUGCGUAAGGCUGUUCAGCCCCUGGUCAAGCGCGUGUGUGACACCGACCGCCUGAUGUGCAGCAAGACGUGCCUGAACGCCAACGACAUCGCCUUCGUCAUCGACGGCUCCAGCAGCGUGGGGACGGGCAACUUCCGCACCGUGCUGCAGUUCGUGGCCAACGUGACGCGCGAGUUCGAGAUCUCCGACACGGACACGCGCGUGGGCGCCGUCCAGUACACCUACGAGCAGCGGCUGGAGUUCGCCUUCGGCCAGCACAACACCAAGGCCGAGCUGCUCAACGCCAUCAAGCGCAUCAACUACUGGAGCGGCGGCACCAGCACCGGGGCGGCCAUCACCUUCGCCGCCGAGCAGCUCUUCAGCAAGUCCAAGCCCAACAAGCGCAAGAUCAUGAUCGUCAUCACCGACGGCCGCUCCUACGACGACGUCAGGGCGCCAGCGCUCGCCGUUCACCGCAAAGGAGUAAUCGCCUACUCCAUUGGUAUUGCCUGGGCUGCUCAGGACGAGUUGGAGUACAUAGCCACUGAUCCAGACAAGGAGCACUCCUACUUUGUGGACGAGUUUGACAACCUGUACAAGUUUGUGCCCAAGAUCGUACAGAACAUCUGCCAGGAGUUCAAUUCCCAGCCUCGAAACUGAGCGCAGCUUAGUGCCUCGGGACUCUCGCAAGGAACUGUAGAUAACAGGGAUGGGACGCUAAACAAACACAUUACGACAAGAUCUUCUGCCGUUACACGACACAGUGGGGAAAAAAGAUGCAACCAUCACCGGAACAUCCAGUACCAGCACACAUUUACAUGUCCACAAUGUAAAGAUUU